AUGCCAAGCGCAACGACUCCGCCCGGCUCCGGCCCGGACACCACCCUGCACCUCCCGCGCAUCCUCUGCCUCCACGGCGGCGGCGUCAACGCCGCCGUCUUCAAGGUGCAGUGCCGCGCCCUCAUCGCGCGCCUGCGCCCGCACUUCCGCCUCGUCUUCGCCGAGGGCCCCUUCAUCUGCGCCCCGCACCACGACAUCGUCUCCGUCUACGGCGACUACGGGCCCUUCCGCCGCUGGCUGCGCUGGCUGCCCGAGCACCAGCCCGUCGUCGACGCCGAGACCGCCUCCGCCGAGAUCCACUUCCAGCUGCGCAUGGCCAUGGACGACGACGACGCGCUCGGCGCCACCGGCGAGUGGGUCGGCCUGCUGGGCUUCUCGCAGGGCGCCAAGAUCAGCGCCAGCCUGAUGUACACGCAGCAGAUGCUGCGCCAGAAGUACGGCCGCCGCAUCGCGAGCGCGGGCGGCAGCGCGGACUGGAAGUUCGGCGUGCUGCUUGCGGGCCGCGCGCCGCUGAUCGUGCUGGAUGAUAGGAUAGACGCGCCGCAGGGCGUGGGGGACGCGGCGGAGGCGAGCGUGGUGUUUGACGACUGGCCGAAUGGGAGUUCGACGGAUCAUGUGUUGAGGUUGCCGACGAUUCAUGUGCAUGGGCUGAAGGAUCCCGGGUUGGAGCAGCACAGGCGGCUGCUGAAGGAGUACUGCGAGCCGGGGUCAACGCGGUUGGUGGAGUGGGAGGGGAACCACCGGGUGGUUAUCAAGACUGUGGAUGUUGAUGCUGUGGCGAGGCAGGUUUUGGAGCUGGGCGCGGAGUUGGGGCUUGUGAGGGAUAUCGAGGCAUGA